UCUGGAUUCAGCUCGCAUUCCAAUCCCCAACAUCAUUUUCAACAAUGAAUAGAUAGGAUCCUCCUCUUCUUCUUGAUUUUGCAUCACGCGAUGGCUUUAGGAAUUGAAUCAGGUGAGAGGGAUCUGGAGAAGGGCCUGUGCGUGCGAACCAGGGCUAGCGCUCUCUCCGAAUCGGCAUGGCCGCCACCAUCUUCUCCGAGUACACCGACUCUCAUCCUCUCGAACUCCGGCAAGGCUCUGCUCGUGUCGAACUCUGGCAAGUCCCUGAUGGUAUCACACUCCGGCAAGCGGUUCGAUCUGGCGGGAGGGAAGAAAAAGUACGUGAAGCAGGUGACCGGGCGGCACAACGACACCGAGCUCCACCUUGCGGCUCAGCGGGGGGACGUGGCGACGGUGAAGAUGAUCAUGGAGGAAAUCGAGGCGCAGAUGGUGGGGGCGGAGUUUGAUGCCGAGGUGGCGGAGAUAAGGGCGGCACUGGUGAAUGAGGUGAAUGAGUUGGGGGAGACGGCGCUUUUCACGGCGGCGGGGAAGGGGCAUCUUGAGGUGGUGAAGGAGCUCUUGAAGUAUUCCACCAAAGAGGGUGUUGCCAUGAAGAAUAGGUCUGGUUUCGAUCCCUUGCAUAUUGCUGCAAGUCAAGGUCACCAAGCAAUUGUGCAGGUGUUAUUGGAGCAUGACCCGGAGCUAAGCAAAACCAUAGGCCAGUCAAACGCAACUCCUCUUAUAUCAGCAGCCACAAAAGGGCAUGCAGCAGUUGUUGGAGAAUUGCUGUCAAAGGAUUCAAGCAUGAUAGAGAUAUCUAGAUCCAAUGGCAAAAAUGCAUUACAUUUAGCCUCAAGGCAAGGGCAUGUGUAUAUUGUUAAAAUGUUGCUUGAGAAGGAUCCACAAUUGGCCAGAAGGACAGACAAGAAAGGACAAACUGCCUUGCAUAUGGCCGUAAAAGGGGUCAGCUGUGAAGUGGUGAAGCUGCUUCUUGAAGCGGACGCUGCCAUUGUUAUGCUUCCUGAUAAGUUUGGGAAUACGGCUUUACAUGUUGCCACCAGGAAAAGGAGGACAGAGAUAGUGAACGAGUUGUUAUCUCUUCCAGACACAAAUGUAAAUGCUCUAACAAGAGACCACAAAACAGCUCUUGACAUAGCUGAAGGACUUUCCCUUUCUGAAGAAACGGCUGAGAUAAGGGACUGCUUGGCUCGCUGCGGUGCGGUGAAAGCAAAUGAACUAAACCAACCAAGGGAUGAGCUUAGGAAAACAGUGAAACAGAUCAAGAAAGACGUCCACAUCCAGCUCGAACAAACCCGAAAAACAAAUAAGAACGUGACCGGGAUUGCCAAGGAGCUCCGCAACCUCCACAGGGCGGGAAUCAACAAUGCCACAAACUCGGUCACAGUUGUUGCCGUGCUCUUUGCAACGGUGGCUUUUGCCGCUAUCUUCACGGUGCCUGGAGGUGACGAUGAUGAUGGGAUGGCAGUGAUGGUGAAUUGUGCAUCUUUCAAGAUUUUUUUCCUCUUCAAUGCCACCGCGCUCUUCACGUCGUUGGCGGUUGUUUUAGUACAAAUCACGCUUGUUCGCGGUGAGACAAAGGCAGAGAGGAGGGUUGUGGAGGUGAUAAACAAGUUGAUGUGGUUGGCCUCUGUGUGCACUUCAGUGGCAUUUAUUUCGUCCUCUUAUAUAGUCGUUGGCCGGCGUAAUAGAUGGGCUGCUAUUCUUAUCACUGUCAUUGGGGGUGUGACAAUGGCCAGUGUUCUCGGCACCAUGACAUAUUAUGUGGUUAAGUCCAAACAAAAUCGCAAGGUAAGGAAGAAGUCCAAGAUCUCGAGAGGCGGAAACCACUCGUGGCGCCACUCCGAGUCUGAUUCUGAAGUGAAUCCAAUUUAUGCCAUUUAAUAUCCGUCCUUGGUCCGUCUCAACUAACCUUUUUAUUUAACUUGGAGGUGAGGAUUCAAAGAUUAGACCUUAACUUUAUGGUUGUGUUUGAUGAGAGUGAAAGAAAGUACGAAGGAAUGAAAGACAUAUAAUCUAAUUGAUGAA